GUUUACAUAUCACUGAAUGUAAACAAAUACAAUGGAUUCCUGUUUGUUGUGUUUGGAAUUAAAUAAAAAUUUAGAGGAUUGCAUAAAAACAAACUCCACUCAAUGGCAAGAGCUCAAUGUAACAAAAGUCCUAGAAAAACACUUUUGGCCAAUGAACUUAGAUUCCUGCUGUUGGAUGUGUUUAUCUUGCUGGAAGCAACUGGAGGCUUUUAACAUAUUCUACACACGCAUAAAAGAUGCUCAUGUUAAUUUUGGCAAAAUUAAAAUUGAAGAAAAUCAAUUGCUAGCCAAAGAUGAAGGUGGCAGUAAUGAAAACCUUUUGUAUUCUUGUCUAGAGCAGGAAAUGCUAAUUGAUCAAAAUGCUGUUGAAGCCUUAAUGGAUAAGAAAACUUGCGAACAGUUUAAAAAUUAUGAUGGAGAUCCUUUAGUGAAUACUAAAAGUAGGCAAACAUCGAAAACUACAAGAAAAUCAAUUUCAAAAGGCUUAAAUGCAAAUGAAAUUAAAACCGAACCAAAUGAUUCUUUCAAUGAAGACACUACCGAUAGUGUAUAUGAUGAUAAUGAUGAAGCUAACGAUUACGAACCAAGUAAAAAUUUAUCCGAUAACAUUAAAGAUAAUAAAAAUCAUACGAGACGCAAGGAUAAUGAUAAAUUUAUAGCCGAACAUUUUAAACAAAUGUUCUGUGAUCUUUGUGAUUCUUUUGCAUUUGAUAGCUUUACCGUCAUGCAGAAACACUUCGAAAUAGUUCAUGAACAAAAAGGUUAUCUUGUCUGUUGCAAUAAGAAAUUCUUUGAAAGAUCUCGUUUAGUAGAACAUUUACAUAUUCACUUAAAUCCUGAUCACUUUAAGUGUCCACACUGUAGCAAAGUUCUAUCCAAUAGGGAAAAUUUGCAAAAACAUAUACUAGGUUUACAUCGGCCAAAUGGUGUGGUUCUCAAACAUGUUUGUGAGACGUGUGGUAAGUCUUUUGUUAAAGCUUCCUUAUUGGCCAAACAUAAAAUGAAACAUUUGCCCGAAGAGGAAAAGAAGUUUGCCUGCACACAAUGUGGUAAAUUUUAUGCCAGUUCUUAUCUCUUAAAUCAACACAUACAAGUUGUACAUUUAAAAAAAUUCGUCAAAAUCUGUUAUAUUUGCGGUAAAUCUAUAAGUACUAGUACCGAGUAUAAACUGCAUAUGGACAAACAUGAAGGCGUACCGCAACCGAUUAUAAAUUGUGAUAUCUGUGGCUUACGUUUGACCAGCGAAAGAGGUUUAAAACGCCAUAAAGAAAGCCAACAUCCAGUGGGUGGCAAACAAGAUCAUCCGUGUCCCGUUUGUCAUAAAAUAUCACCCACCCAGAGAGCUUUACGCAAACAUAUUAAUACUAUGCAUGAAAAAGGUUACGAUCAUAAAUGUACUAUUUGCGAAAAAGCCUUUAAGAGGACAGAAAAUUUAAGAGAACAUAUGGCUUCACAUACCGGCACAACUCUAUAUACAUGUUCUUGGUGUCCGAAGACAUUUAAUUCGAAUGGUAAUAUGCAUGCUCAUCGCAAAAAAAUGCAUCCCAAGGAAUGGGAAGAAGCAAAACUUCAAAAGUAUUCAGGAAAUUUGCCAACAGUUAAAGGAGUAAAUUUAUGUGAUAAUUCCUAGAGGAAUUUUAUUAUAAAAAUGAAUUUUUCACAAUGUUUUGUAAUGUGAUUCAAAUCGAGUGAAAUAUAUGAUGAGAGAAUCGAAUGAACACAAUC